AGCACAAGCUCUCCAGGGUGUCGCACAAGUCAGCCUCUCCACACUUCGCUCCAAACUUUUGGCACGCAUGUGCGCCUCCGGACCUAUUUUACAUCGCAUUUAGAUGCAUUUUCGAUCCAGGUUUAUUACCGAUUUAAAAUAGUCACAAUCCUGCUCCUUCAUACGUCUUUCAGAACUUUGAACACGUUUCCCUAGUGAUUCGUCUCAUUCCAGCAGACGGAUGCAGUCGAAUUAAAAAAAAGGAUGAAGGGUGACUUGAUAACGUGCCUAGUCCUCGUGCUAUGUAGCAGCGUGCAAAGGCUCCGGGCAUCCCCCGCUUUGGAGGAGGGCAGCGGGUCGGAUGGGAGCGCCUCGACCCUGGCCUUUGUGUUUGAUGUGACCGGCUCCAUGUACGACGACCUCAAACAGGUGAUCGAUGGCGCCUCGCGGAUCCUGGAAAAGACCCUCAACCGAAGGACCAGACCCAUCAAAAACUUUGUGCUGGUUCCGUUCCAUGAUCCAGAUAUCGGUCCAGUGUCCAUCACCACUGACCCUAAAAAGUUCCAGCAGGAUCUUCAAGAGCUGUUUGUUCAGGGUGGAGGUGACUGCCCUGAGAUGAGUGUUGGAGCCAUUAAGAAAGCCUUGGAAGUUUCUCUUCCUGGAUCCUUCAUUUAUGUCUUCACCGACGCUAGAGCAAAAGACUAUCGCCUGAAAAGGGAUGUUCUUCAGCUGGUGCAACUCCGUCAGUCUCAGGUGGUUUUUGUGCUGACUGGAGACUGUGGUGACCGCUCUCAGCCUGGCUACAAGGCCUACGAGGAGAUUGCGGCCACAUCCUCAGGGCAGAUCUUUCAUCUGGACAAGCAGCAGGUCAACGAGGUAUUGAAGUGGGUCGAGGAAACUAUUCAGACGAUGAAGGUCCAUCUACUGUCCUCAAACCACGACAGUGCCCAGGAGAACCUUUGGGAAGUGCCCUUUGACCCCAGCCUCCGUGAGGUCACUGUGUCACUCAGCGGGCCCUCUCCGCAAAUUGAGCUCAGAGAUCCCCUUGGCCAUGUAGUAGGUGUUGAGCAGGGUCUUAAAGAGCUUCUGAACAUUCCUAACUCUGCUCGUGUUGUCAACCUGAAGUUUCCCACGCCUGGAGCAUGGAACCUGAAGGUUAGCUGCAGUGGUCGUCAUACCCUGAGGGUCACAGGAGUCAGCAAUCUGGAUUUCCGUGCUGGCUUUUCAAGUGCUCCUGUUAAAGAGUUCAACCAUACUAGGGAGAGACCAAUAAAAGGACUGCCAGCGUAUGUUUUGCUAAAAUGCACGGGCCUGAAACCACCAGGUCACCUGAGUCAUGUCGAGCUUAUGUCUGGCUCGGGACGUUCCCUGCGCACCGUCCAGGUGCCUCUGCCCUCUGACCUUGGACAAAUAGGGCUGUGGAGUGUCCCAGAGAUACGAACCCCUUCCCAGAGUUUCUUCAUCAAGGCAACGGGCAGAGAUGAGGAGGGCUAUCGCUUCCAGCGACUGUCGAGUGUUUCGUACACCAACAUAGUUCCAUCUCCCCCAGCUGUGAACAUGCCUGAUGUGGUGAAGGGUAUCUACAUGCAGCCUGCUGUGAUUCACUGUUCAGUGGAGAGCGAUAUACCUUACAGGCUAAGAUUUGCAAGAAGUGGAAGGACUCUGGGGGCGGAGAAAUUCUUCCAGAAAUCUGCCACUGCAUCAUGGGAGAUUCAGCAUGCUUCAGCAGAGGAUGAGGGCUUCUACGAGUGCAUUGCACAGAGUGGCGCAGGACAAGGACAUGCCUUAACCCAGCUGACUGUUACAGAGCCUCCGCCUGUACUCAAGCCAGCAGUCAAUGUGACUUCCUUAGUUGGAAGUGUGGCUGUGUUGACCUGUAAAGUAGAGGGCACCAUGCGCUACAACUUGACCUGGCAUCGAGCUGGGCGCGCCAUCCGAGCUCGUUCAGGGAGGGUGAGGCUGCUGUCUAACUCAUCCCUGCAAAUUAGCAGCGUGCAGCUUCAGGAUGCUGGGGCUUACUACUGUGUAGCCUCAAAUGCCCACGGAGACAGCAGAACCACUGUAUGGCUCUUCGUCCCAGAGGGACCUACUGUGGUACUUCACCCCCAGAGCCAGGUCUUUUCCCGAGGGGAUGAAAUCCGCCUUGUCUGCUCAGCAUCCGGCUCUCCCCCUCCCCUGCUCUUUUGGAGCCAUGGAAACACGUUCCUUGCUAAUCGGCCGAGGUUGAAUCUACACCAGCAAGGAGUUUUGACCAUAUCAGGGGCUAUCCCGGAGGAUGCUGGGAACUACACAUGUCUGGCAAGCAAUUUGGCUGGGACUGCCUCACAGUCUGUCUUGCUUACUUAUGCAGAGGUGCCUAUCAUAACAGUGGAGCAGCAGGUCCUACUUGUGGCUGUCGGGGAUGAUGCUACUCUGCAGUGUCAAGCCAGUGGUACCCCGCUUCCUCUUGUCCAUUGGUUUAAAGGGAAACUUGAGGUGGGCUCCGCCCCCUUUGUUGAGCAGGAUGUCCACCGCGGGACCCUGCAUAUUCGAAGGGUGCAGGAUGUCGAUGCUGGUCAAUACAGCUGUGUGGCCAGCAGCCCUGCUGGGACUUCCUCUGGUACAGUCAGUCUGCAGGUUGGAGUGGGACCUUCGUUCUCUGAUGCACCGGUUGACAUGGCGGCUAAUGUAGGGGAAAACAUCACCCUUCCCUGUGCCGCUCGAGGUUUCCCGCAACCAACCGUGACCUGGUACACUCAAGAUGGUAGACACAUUCCCGCAAGGACAGACAACCACGGUAGAAAAAUGCAGCUGGAGAAUGGAUUCCUUCUGAUUCAGAGUGUCUGGCUGGAUGAUGAAGGGCUGUACACCUGUGAGGCCAAGAACCAGUUUGGAACCAUCAAAGCUGAAGCCAGAGUUCGCGUCACUGGACUGGAGCCCCCUCUCUUAGCCCAAAGUGCCCCCAUCAUUACUACUGGCAUCGGGCAGUCCUUGAGUAUCCCGUGUAUGCUGCUGGAUGGCAUACCCCUCCCAGAAAGACACUGGUCACUAAAUGGGAAACAUGUUCAAUUGAACGGGAGAAUGUUUGUGAGGAGUGAUGGAAGUUUGUACAUUGAAAGAGCUGUCCCAGAGGAUUCUGGGGCAUAUGUUUGUACAGCAGUGAAUGUAGCAGGCUCUAUGAACAUUACAGUCAUCUUGGAGGUCCAUGUGCCCCCAGAAAUCAAAGCUGGGCCCUACCGCUACAUAGCCAACGAGGGCGUAGCCAUCACAUUGUCAUGUGAGACGAGUGGCAUUCCUAAACCAGUUGUGGUCUGGUCCAAGGGAAGGCAACCUGUGCCUCGGGGCGGUUCCUCGCUUCAGGCUGACCCCGAUGGACACCUCCACAUCCCUCACCCAACCACUGACGAUGCAGGAAUCUACAUCUGUACUGCCACUAGUUCUGUGGGUUACGCGAGUCGAGAAAUCCAGCUCAGUGUUAACACAAUACCGAAGAUAGCGGGUGCGAGUGACCAUGACAACAUAGUAAAAAUGUCUGCAGAGGUGGGAGCAGAGGUAGUUCUACCUUGUGAGGCCCAGGGGAGUCCGACACCACUUGUCACGUGGAACAGAAAUGGUCACCCCAUCCCCCCUGUCACAGCAGGGUUCACUGUUUUGCCCUCAGGCUCCCUGAAGAUAACUGAUGUACGCCUCAUUGAUAGUAAAUUGUACACGUGUACUGCAGAGAACCCAGCCGGCAAUGUGUCCUUAAGCUACAAUUUACACAUCCAAGCCAAGCCCAGGAUUCAGCCCGCACCCCCGCUACUGAAAGCCCUGGUGGGACAAACAGUCACGCUCCCAUGUGUGGUCCAGGGGGAGCCGAGCCCAGAGGUCAAUUGGUUUCACAAUGGUCUUCCUGUUGGGAUCAAGGACACGUCACCCUUUAGGAUCCAGCACGUCAGCAUGGCUGACAAAGGAACUUACCAAUGCGUGGCUCGCAACAGCGCUGGACAGGAGACUUUGGAGAUCAUGCUGGAAAUUCUUGAGGCCCCGUCUUUUGCAGAACCAGGAGAUGCAGUCAUGGAGAAAAUAGCUAACAGCAAGGUCAUCAUCCCCUGCCCAGCUGAAGGCUCUCCACAUCCCAAGGUGCGCUGGUUCAAGAAUGGCCUGGAGAUACAUCCUGGACAAUCAGAGUUUUCUGUGACGAGGGAUGGAGCUCUUGUAAUUAGCAGAGCUUCUGCCAGUCACAGUGGCGACUUCAAGUGUGUGGCGACGAACGAGGCGGGCUCUGUCGACAGGAAGACCAGAUUGAAAGUGAAUGUUCCUCCUGAAAUCCAAGAUGAUGGCCAGGCACACAACCUUACUGUGACCUUAAAGCAGCCCCUCACUCUUGGCUGUGAUGCCUUUGGUAUUCCCUCCCCGACAAUUACCUGGAAUAAAGAUGGUCAUCCUGUCGACGGUCCUGGGUUAUAUCUGCAAAAUGGGAACCGUCUGCUCAGAAUCUACAGAGUCCAGCCAGAACAUGCAGGAAUAUUUGCUUGCACUGCUCAAAACUCAGCUGGAGAGGCACAAAGAGAAUAUCAUAUUGUGGUGCAAGCUCCACCAGUGAUCUCAGGAACAUCCAAACUACAAGAUAUAACAGCCGUCCUAGGCCAGGAGGUAGAGUUUCAGUGCAGAGUUAGUGGGCGUCCAGCACCCAUCGUGGAAUGGAGUCGCGACGGAGAAGUACUGUCCCGUGAUGGAGAUCCACAUGUGGAGUUUCUGGAAGAAGGCCAGGUGCUGAAAGUGAAAUCAGUCCGGCUGAGAGAUCAAGGACUUUACCAGUGUCUGGCCAGCAACAAUGCAGGGACACAGAUGCGCCAGUUCAAACUAACAGUGCAAGCUCCUCCGACAAUCAAGGGUUCCGGUGAGACCUCAAACGUGUCAGUGGUGCUGGGUUUCUCGAUAGUUCUUCUCUGUGAUGUAGAAGGUUCACCCAUGCCAAGUAUCACCUGGUUGAAAGACAACCAGCCCAUUGUGUCGAGCCCCCAGCUGACAUACACCCAAGGCGGGCAGGCUUUAAGGGUGGGCUCAGCACAAGGUGACAGCACAGGCCUCUAUACCUGCCGGGCUUCCAAUCCAGCCGGUACUGCUGUCAAGCACUAUUCUCUUAGUGUUCUGGUGCCCCCACAAAUAGAGGGGGACUCAACAUCUUUAGGCACUCGAGAAGAGAAAGUACGAAUCAAUGGCAGUUUAACUCUUUCCUGCCUCGCUAAAGGCUUUCCUGAGCCCAAGAUUGCCUGGUUCAAAGAUGGGCAGAUGUUGACAGGAAGCAACCAUGUUGGCAUCCAGGAGAGUGGCGCCUACCUGCACUUAGAGAAUGCAAUGCUGUCCCAUGAAGGUCAGUACACAUGUGUGGUCACCAACUCGGCAGGAGAAGACAAGAGAUACUUCCAUGUUUCCAUCCAAGUUCCUCCGGUCUUCCACCGCGUGACUAACAGAGAAGCAGCCUGGGGUGUGGAGGACAGGGAGGAUGAGGAGAAUGAGGACAUGGUGGACACGCGCGAAGUAGUCCUCGGCCACCCCAUCAGCCUGUCCUGUGAAAGUAAUGCAAUACCACCACCCAAACUCAAUUGGUACAAAGAUGGACAGAAGCUCACCAGCGCUGACGGAGCAACAUUAAUGCCAGGUGGACAGGUGUUACAAAUUGCUCGAGUUCAGAAAGAGGAUGCAGGAAUGUAUACUUGUGAGGCUGUCAAUGAGGCUGGAGAGGACCACAUGCAUUUUAAACUGGAAGUCUUGGUAUCACCCGUGAUCACGGGGGCAUCAGAGGAGUUUAUGGAGGAAAUAGGAGCAGUGGUCAACAGCACGGUGGCCCUCCAUUGUGAUGUAACUGGGCAUCCGACCCCAGCUAUCUCGUGGCUUCGAGAUGGACAGCCAGUUCAAACGGAUUCACUGCAUCUCGUCAGUGAGGACAAGGCACGACUGCAGCUCCUCAGUGUGCAGGUUUCAGACAUGGCUGGAUACCUGUGUGUAGCAGAAAACAAAGUUGGGUCAGUUGAGAAGCUCUUCAGUCUAACUGUUCAAGUACCACCAAGGAUAUUAGGCCCGAAAGAGGAAGAGCUGAGUGUCACCGAGGGUCACAUGGUGUCAUUACUGUGUGAUGUCCAAGCAUACCCUCCACCAGAAAUCAUUUGGACCAAAGAUGGGCAGAUUCUCCACUUCAGUACUGGUAUCCACAUAUUGCCAGGUGGCCAGAUGUUACAGCUGCCAAGGGCAAGAGCGGAGGAUGCAGGACAAUAUGUGUGCACAGCUUCCAACUCAGCUGGCCAGGACCAAAAGAGUCUACUCCUCAGUGUUUAUGUCCUGCCCACCCUGAGGCCUCGUCUUGAUGCCGAGUCAGAUGUGCUGACCCCGCAGCUUGGCUCCUCUGUAACCCUGCAAUGUGAGGCACAUGGUGUCCCUGAGCCCGAGGUCACAUGGUAUAAAAAUGGACUCCAACUAGUUACAGGGAAUGGACUGCAGACAGAUCGCCAGCAGCUGGAGAUCACAGGAGUUCAGGUGGCAGAUGGUGGCACCUAUACUUGCAAAGUAUCCAAUGUAGCUGGCCAAGUCGACAGGACAUUCACACUGGCGGUCUAUGUUCCACCUGUCCUUGAUGAGCCUCUCCCAGAGGCCCUAAACUUCACCCUGGGCUCUCACGUAUCCCUUCGAUGUGAGGCCUCGGGGGUCCCUGUGCCAAGCAUCACAUGGCUCAAGGAUGGAACACCUAUUGAAAGUAGCCUGCAGUGGCAGUGGUCUAUUCGGGGGAACCGCCUAGAGUUGGGGCCUCUUACUCUGUCUCAUGCAGGAACUUACACUUGCGUGGCCAAGAACAGUGAAGGACAGGAACAAAAGGAUUACAUUCUCACAGUGCAGGUGUCACCGACUAUUCUGGACUCUGAUCAUCCAUCUGAGGUGAGUGCACCCAUAGGAGAAGAGGCAACACUUGAGUGCAAAGCCUCUGGAAACCCCGUACCUCACCUUAGCUGGCUGAAAGACGGCUCGACUUUGGAAGAGUCAGAUACACGUCACGUUGCUGUGACUCCUGAUGGCAGCACAUUAACUUUACGAAGGCUUAGUCCUGAGGAUUCUGGAACGUAUACCUGCUUGGCUGUCAGUCCUGCUGGCCAGGAGAGCAAGAUCUACACCCUUUUUGUCCUUGUACGUCCAUCCAUUUUGGGCGAGACCAUCGAACCGAAAGUGGUGCAGGCCAUACAGGACAGUGCGUUGACUCUUGAGUGCCAUGCUGAUGGAAAUCCUCCACCUCAGAUCAGCUGGCUCAGGAAUGGACACCCCUUACUUUUAUCACCCAAUACACGCCUAAUCUCUGGUGACUCAGUACUGAGGAUUUCUCCUGUGCACUUGUCAGAUGCUGGAAUUUACACAUGCAUAGCUCGCAGUCGAGCUGGUCUUGCUGAGCUUAGUUAUGACGUCCAGGUCCAAGUGCCCCCUGGUGUAGAUCAUGUUGAACCAAUGGAACCAGUGACAGUUGUGAGAGGAUCACUAGUAACGCUUACCUGUGAGGCCCGCGGUGUUCCUCCUCCAACCUUGACUUGGAUGAAGGACGGCCAGCCAAUGUCACUUCACCGGAACUUGUUGCUGGAUGGACAGGAGACACGACUGCAGCUGCCUGAUGUGUCACCCUCAGAGGCAGGCCUCUACAGCUGUGUUGCCAGCAACCAGGCUGGAAGCAGCACAAAGAGUUUUAAUCUCACCAUUCUUGAGCCUCCAAAGAUAUCCAAGUCUGGUGCCCCAGAAGAGCUGACGAUUGCAGUAAACAACCCACUGGAGUUGGAGUGCUCUGCAGAGGGAGUACCACCCCCUACCCUUAUCUGGCUCAAAGAUGGUCGUCCGCUGGGCGGAAACAACAUCAUUCAGGACGAUGGACACAUUCUCAGUAUUAGCAAAAUUCAGGUUGAGGAUGCAGGUCUGUAUACCUGCUUGGCCAGCAGCCCAGCUGGAGAGGAUGGAAGAAACCAUUGGGUUCGAGUACAAGUUCCACCAACCCUUCUUGGCUCUGAAGAUGUGAGGACGUUGUCAGUACCACUUAAUGGACAUUUGACCCUGGAGUGCCUGGCUGACAGUGACCCCUCCCCUGAUAUAGAGUGGUACAAGGAUGAGGUCGAGAUGCAGCUGGGUGGUCGCAUCCAGCGGCUUGCAGGAGGCCAGUACCUUGAAAUACAGGAUGUCAGACCCGAGGACAGUGGCCAGUACAGUUGUGUGGUUAGCAACAUAGCAGGAAGCACCAGUCUCUUCUUCAUUGUGGAGAUUCUCUUGCCGCCGGUAAUAAAGGAGAGCAGCGCAGUGGUGACAGCUCAAAUAGGCCAGGAUGCAGUUUUACCGUGUGAAGUCGAGGAUGGCACGACUCCUGCAAUCAUGUGGCGAAAAGAUGGCUUCCCCAUAAUCCACGAUAACAACAAGUACACCAUGGUACCAGAAGGCUCCUUACAUGUGCAUGGGGUUCAGUUGAGCGACGCUGGCCGCUACCACUGCACGGUAUCAAACCAGGCGGGCUCAGACCACCGCGGAAUCGAUCUCAGAGUAUUUGUGGGUCCUUCAAUCAGUCCAGGUCCGUUCAACAUGACGGUCACCACAGGCAUCAGAGCUGUCCUGAGCUGUGAGACAACAGGCAUACCCCCUCCUAAAGUGUCUUGGAGAAGGAAUGGCUCUCCUCUUGAUGCUAGCCAGGGUGCAUACAGGUUAUUAUCUUCUGGGUCCCUGGUAAUUUUAUCGCCAACCAAUGAGGAUGAAGGUUACUUUGAGUGUACAGCCGUGAAUGAUGUUGGAGAGGAGCGCAGGGUUAUUGAGGUCAAUCUCCAAGUCCCACCAUCUAUUGAAGAUGAUGUCACAACAGUCACGGCUGUGAAAAUGUCUCCAGUGGAGUUGCCUUGUCAUGUCAAAGGCCGACCUCAGCCCACUGUCUCUUGGACAAAAGGUGGAGCCAAGCUGGGCUCUAGAGGAGGAAGUUAUCGCAUCCUUCCUACAGGGGUGUUGGAGAUAACUGCCGUGUUACCAAGUCACGCCGGCAGGUAUACUUGCUCAGCUCGUAAUACAGCUGGAGUGGCUCACAAACACAUCUCACUUACGGUGCAAGAGUCCCCAGAAAUCAGGCCAAUGGCAGAGGAAGUACAAGUAGUGUUAAAUCACGGGACCGUCCUACCCUGUGAGGUACAAGGAUUUCCUAGACCGUCCAUUACCUGGCAAAGAGAGGGUGUUCCCAUCGCAGCGGGUAACAGCAGCACAUCAUGGAUCUUAAGAAAGGAUAAACGACAUAUUUCUUCCAAAAAUGCUUUUACUUGGUUUACAGGUCACAGGCUGGCUGUGCUCUCCAAUGGCGCCCUCAAGUUUGCUCGUGUUACUCUUGGUGAUGCAGGGCUGUACCAAUGCCUGGCAAAAAAUGAAGCCGGUGUGGCUGUGGGAAGGACCAAACUUGUGCUGCAAGUUCCACCAGUGCUGAGUGUGCCCCGUGUGGAAUACACUGCCGUGUUGGGCCAACCAGUCAGUCUGGAGUGUGCGGCAGAUGGUCAGCCGCAACCGGAAGUUACUUGGCACAAAGAAAGGAGGCCUAUAAUUGACAGUGCUCAUAUUCAUUUACAUGCAAAUGGAACAUUGGCGAUCACUUCUACCCAGCGCAGUGAUGCGGGGACAUACACAUGUACCGCCAAGAAUCUGGCUGGCAGAACCAGUCACGAUAUCAGACUGCUUAUUCAAAUUCCCCCAAUGAUUCUUCCUGGGCAAACAGAGAUGUCGGUCAUUCAAGGAUUUCAGGCCUUGUUACCUUGUGCUGCUCAGGGUUCACCAGACCCCAAAGUAUCAUGGGAAAAGGAUGGUGAAAUUUUGCUCAACAUUCCGGGCAAAUUUACCAUCCUGAGAUCCGGAGAGCUGAUUAUCGAGAGGGCUGAGUCAGGAGAUGCUGGAAUGUUCACAUGUGUAGCCACCAAUGCAGCAGGCUCCACAAGACAGGAGAUUCAUCUGUCCGUCAACAUGCGGCCUGCCUUUAAAGAGCUACCAGGUGAUGUAACCUUGAACAAAGGACAGCAUCUGGCCUUGUCCUGCCACGCUCAGGGAACCCCUGCUCCUGUCAUCUCCUGGACUAUCAACAACAAACCUUACGCAGGUGCCACUGUAGACGAAGCAGGCAGGAACACCAUCAUCAUCGACAAUAUUACUAUGAGUGAUGCUGGCACAUAUGUGUGUAUCGCAGAAAACAGCGUGGGCUCCAUCCGAGCGCUUUCCUUUGUUCGCAUCAGAGAGCCUCCCGUGCUGAAGGGUGAAGCCCACAUGUCUCAAACCGUCAUUCAAGGUGGCUCCGCUGUGCUCGACUGUCCGGUCCAUGGAGAUCCCAACCCCGUCCUCCGCUGGCUCCGAAAUGGAAAACCCUUGCGCCACUCUGUCCGCAUGCAGACACUUCACAAUGGAUCAUUGAUCAUUUACAGCAUCACUGCUGCAGAUGAAGGGGAUUAUGAAUGUGUGGCUGAGAGUGAAGCGGGGUCAGCUGAACGGACCAUUACUCUCCAUGUUCAAAUUAAUGGAGGCUAUUCCAACUGGCAGGACUGGGGUCCUUGUAGUAGCAUCUGUGGUCAAGGCUCCCAAGAGCGCAGUCGACUUUGCAACAACCCGGAACCAGCUAAUGGUGGACGAACAUGCAUCGGGCCCAGUAUUGACUCCAGGACAUGUCAUGCCGGCCUUUGUCCAGGUGAAGCCCCUCGUAAGACCAGAGGCAGCCUAAUAGGCAUGGUCAACGAAAGGGAGUUCGGUGUGUCCUUCCUCGAGGCCAACAUCACAGAUAAUGAAGAGGAAGGCAGCAGCUCUUUGCAGGCCCGUCUUGACAACAUUCCGCCAAGUCUGGGGCCCUUGCUGCGGGUGCUGGUAUCUGUUUUUGCACCUAUCUACUGGACCACUGUGCUUCAGAACGGGCCCACGAGGAAUGGUUACUCCUUCACACACGGCCAGUUCAGGCAGGAGUCUCAGCUGGAAUUUGACACAGGGGAGGUCCUUCGUCUCACCCAUGUUGCCAGAGGACUGGAUUCCGAGGGAGUUUUACUGCUUGACAUUGUAAUCAAUGGAUAUGUACCUCCAUCAUUGACAACCUCACAUCUGAGCCUCCAGGAGUUUGAUGAGUCCUACGUGCAGACAGGCCAAGGGCAGAUGUACUCCUGGUCGUCACAGAACCACCAGAGGGGAGGGAGGCCCAUGGUGUUGCGGUGCAAUCACACCAUUAUUUACGAGGGCGAGGAAAAUCGUCAGGGCCCUCUGCUCCAGCUGUUGAAGGUUUCUGGAAUGAAUAGUGUCUACAAUAUGCUUACUCUUACACUGGACUUCCACUUCACUGCCAGCCUUCUUAUACCAGAUGGAUAUGAAGAAAGUUGCCCUAAAGGCUUUGUCCUCGACACAACCUCAUACUGUGCUGAUGAAGAUGAAUGUGCCCUUCAGUCUCCCUGCUCUCACUCAUGUAACAACAUCAUGGGAGGAUUUUCCUGUGUCUGCCCUUCUGGCUUUACCAUCUCCACCGAGACCAACGAAUGCCAAGAUAUCGACGAGUGUGCCCAGAGCUUCCACAUGUGCCACUACAACCAACAGUGCGUCAACACAGUGGGCACUUACCGCUGCCAAGCCAAGUGUGGAGCAGGGUUUAAGCCCAGCAGUUCAGGACACAGCUGUGAAGAUGUAGACGAGUGCCGAGAGUCAACUCUAUCACCGUGCCAACAUCAGUGUCUCAACACUUUGGGCUCCUACCGCUGCAUCUGCCACCCCGGGUACCAGCUGUCAGGACACCAAUGCAUCGACAUCAAUGAGUGCAUGAGGAAUGUGUGCCCAGCUCACCAGCAAUGCCAGAACACUGACGGAGGUUACCAGUGUUUCGACAGCUGUCCUGCUGGCAUGACCAAAGCAGAGAGUGGAGUGUGCCUGGAUAUUGACGAGUGUCAGGAUGGAAGUCACAUGUGUCGCUACUCUCAGAUCUGUCAGAACACGAUUGGUGGAUAUGGGUGUCUCUGUCCCAGAGGGUACCGAUCUCAAGGAAUUGGUCUGCCAUGUCUGGAUGUCGAUGAAUGCCAGCAGACACCAAGUCCAUGCGCCUUUCAGUGCCGCAAUGUGCCUGGCAGCUUCAGGUGCCUGUGUCCACCUGGAACUGUGCUGCUUGGGGAUGGACGCUCGUGUGCAGGGCUGGAGAGAGGACAGUUCUUCACGAAUGGAACCAGAGUCAGAGCGAGACUUCGGCCGCAGCUUGUGUCAUCCCUCGGCAGGCCGAUUUUGUCUCGUUCUCACGGGGUAUCUCGUAUUACCAGGCAGAGUUGCCCUGUAGGGUACACCAGCAGAGACGGCAAAUGUGUUGAUGUGGAUGAAUGUCUGCUGAGGAAGCCAUGCCAACAUGAUUGUCAAAACACCAUUGGCAGUUUCCGGUGUCUAUGUCCUCCAGGGUACCAGCUGCUACCCAAUGGGAGGAACUGUAAAGACACUGACGAGUGCCUAGAGCAAGGCAUUAAAUGUGGCUACAAUCAGAUGUGUUUUAACACCAGAGGAGGAUACCAGUGCCUGGACACUCCAUGUCCUGCAUCCUACCAGCGUGGAAGAAGCCCAGGGACAUGCUACAAGCCGUGCUCUCUGGACUGUGCCACAGGAGGCUCUCCUCUGCUCCUGCAGUACAAACUCCUCACGCUUCCCUCUGGCAUACCUGCCAAUCACAACGUAGUGCGGCUGUCCGCUUUCUCAGAGUCCGGCAUCCUCCAAGAGCGCACAUCUUUUAUCAUGCUAGAGCAAGAGUCCGAAACGGGUCUGAUGGGACAGGCAUUUGACAUCAGGGAUGAAGCAGGCCGCGGGACGAUCUACACAAUGCGGCUUCUUGACAGGCCGGAACUAGUGCGGCUCAAAGUGCAGGCCACCACCAUUUCGCAGCAGGGCCGUGUGACCUACCGGAGCAUUUUCAUCAUCUACAUUUCCAUCUCAGCAUUUCCCUACUGAGCAUCUGCUGCUUCACAAGUGACUAGCCCCUAAAAGGCCUCUAGAUACUUUUAAAACAAAGGCAAUACCCCAGAAACCUUAGCCUCGGGUGCAUUAUGCCCUUCCACAGACACCUCAACAUACAGUAUAUGACUAAGUGAACACAGUCAGUCAGACAAGAUUCACAAUUGUAUCCUUAUCUGUGACUGAUAAAUCCUGUAGAUACUGAGAAAUUUAGGACUGAAACACAAACUUAAUAUUGUCAUGGUCGAUAUGCCUGACCAGAGAAAAUUGAAUCUGUCCUUAGCCCUAAAAAUGGAAAGUGCAAUGCAUCAGUUGUUUUAGCAAUAAUAUCAAAAAGUACCAAGCUUAGCUCUUCUGGCAGUGAUUCAAGGUCUGGUGGUACUGUUUCUAGUAAAGUCUCAAUAGGACAAAUAAAUGAAACUGCGUAUGUAGCUUGAUCUGUUUAAAAUAAUUCACCAUUAAUGACAAUAGACAACAUUUACAUUAGUAAUUGCCUAUUCUGCAAUCUUUAAAAAAGUCUGACUCUUGAGCCACUUGUUUUAAGUGACAAACCAGAAGAGGCGAGUGUAACAAUGUGUAAUCGUGUUGCACUUACGCAGCUUUUUUUUUUUUUUGUACUCUGCAUUUUUUGAAUGUACAUAUGUGUUUAAAAGUGCCUUUCUGAAUGUAUUUGAGUGACCUUUAUUGAGGCUGUGACUCACCUGGUGCUACAAAGAAAACCAUUUUUACAGGUAUUGACUGCAUUUACGGGUUGAUUGGUGCAGCUGUAAGUGGCAUGUCGUCCUUCCUUACAUGACAUUAUAAACAAUGUUGAAAAAAAGGUUAUUUGCAACACGUUUGCCUGUGAAAAAAAAUGAAUAACGUGUUGACCCUUCUCAAGCUGGGUUAACACACUUUUCGCUGUAAAUUGUAUGUAAGUUGAGUUUUUGCAGAAAUAAAAACAGACAUUUUUUA